GUGUAUGUAUAUGUCCCUCUAUAUUCAUAUGUAGGUAUAAAUUUGUUUAGGCGUAUAGCUUCUCUCUGUGUGUAUAUAUAUAUAUAUACUUUUUGUAAUAUUGCAAAUGUGACGUGUAUAUGUGAGGAGCGGGAAGAGGGAUUAAAGAAGUGAGAGAGAUUCUAGGAAAAAAAAAACCCCGAAAACGAGGUGAAAGAAGGAGGAGUUUUAAUGAGUGAGUGAAGGUAAGAGGUAAGACAGUGAGGGAACAGGAUUAUUCUACGCCAUAUUUUCUCUCUCUACACACAUGCUCUCUCGUAUGGUUGUAGUUGAGAUUCUUUUUCUGACUCUACGCAUUUAGAGAAGAAAAAAAGAAACAACAAACUUAUCCGUCACCUCAGCUCGUUAUUAGAGCGUUGGGGAAAGUUUCUGCUUUUUUUUCUACUUUGCACAUUAGUAGCAGAGUAAUUUUUAUUUGAAUCUAGUUUUACAUCUUUAUCAACAUUAACCAAAAGUAAAAAGAGAAAAAAAUGAGUGACAAGGAAAACGAGAGGAGCCGUUCAGCCUCCAGGGAAUCAAAAAUAUCUGAAAAAUCUCACCAAUCUGGUUCUCAUAAGUCGGAAGCCUCUCGCUCCUAUUCAAGGUCUCCAACUCCAAAAUCUGCUCGUUCUCAGAGAUCUGCCUCCCGAUCUCGUUCUCGAUCAAGGUCCCAGUCGCGUUCACCAUCUCGUUCCAGAUCUAGAUCAAGAUCUCGAUCAAAGCAUAGACACAGGAGAUCAUACAGCAGAUCAAGUGUGAAGCCAUAUUAUUUUCUUCACUAUUUUUCCUUUCAGGACAACCCUGAGCCUUCACGGUGUCUUGGUGUUUUUGGUCUCAGUUUGUAUACACAAGAAAGAGAUCUCAGAGAGGUUUUUACUCGAUAUGGUCCAGUCGAAGAUGUUCAGGUUGUCUAUGACAGACAGUCUGGCAGAUCACGAGGCUUUGCCUUUGUGUAUUUUAGAGCUACACACAAUGCCAUGGAGGCGAAAGAUAGGUGCAACGGAAUAGAAGUUGAUGGUCGAAGAAUAAGAGUUGACUAUUCCAUUACAGAAAGAGCUCAUACUCCAACACCUGGUAUUUACUUAGGGAAACCAACUUCAGAAGGCAGAGGUAAACGUUCUCCAUCUCCUUACUAUCGACGCAGUGGAAGUCGUUACUCUCGGUCCCGUUCCAGAUCAUUUUCUCCCCGUUAUGAAGAAAGAAAUGAAAUGGGCUGGUGAAGAAAGAACUCUGAAAUCAGGGGAUUGAACGAGAAGAAAGAAUGAACUGUGAAGAAAAAUCUGAAUAGGCUGAAUGAAAAUCAUGGAAGCUAAGAAAAAUGAGAAAAAUAAUUUAUAAAAUAAUAAAAAAAAUAUGAAGAUAAUGAGUUGGUGAAUUAAGAAGUGGGAAUGAGAAAAUGGGUUUGAUAUGCCAAGAUAGAAGUCUUUAGCUGUGUAAAGAAGCCAGAAGAUCGCUUGGAAUCGAGCAGAUGGGUAACAUUUUUAUUCCAAUUUUGAUUUAGCUGACUGCUGACUAUUUUAGACUGAACUGACAUAGGAUAUUCUUGCUUGUCUUGUUUUGUUAAAACACAAGUUGCUAAUUUCUAAAUUUAGGCUUUUAGUUGAACAUUAUAAUGUUAUAUCACCUUCAUUUAAAAAAAAAUUUCUGGGGUCUUUAUCAGAUGUAAGUUACAUUGCGGUAUGUAUGGUGGUACCAUUUCUGUAAAUUUAAAAACAUUCCCAUUCUUUUAACUUAUCGGUUCUUAAUUCAAAUAUUGUAGAUAUGGGCACUUUUUUGACGCUUUUCAAGUUCACUGAAAUUUUCUCCAUUUUUUUUUUUUCAAACCUCAUAGUUCUUUUAAGCUAAGAAAACCUGUGGUUUUGCUGUUUAGCAAGACUGUGUAAUACUUUCUGGUUUUAAUAAACUUAUUAAAAGGAUCUGGUGGUUAUUAUUCACACCAAUUUGACAUUGACACUUGCAAAAUUAGAUUGACCAAAUUGGAAACAGUUGAUCUAUUAGUAUUCCCUGCUCUAGUAAAAUUUCGACUGGAUCCUUAGUUAAGAAGAGAAAACGUUAGGUUCUAUAGGUUUUGUUCUUUGCGGUAUGGAUUUACCUCCCAUUACAGAGAAUUAUAGUGGAAAUGGGUGUGUGCCUUACAUGAAAUGGAAUAUAAUAGAUGAGUGAACUUAGCAAUAUUGCUUGAAAUGAAAGUGAUGCAUCCUAAGGUGAAAACUUUCUUACUGUAAUAGCACUGAAACUUCAAUUCUUUUUUUUUUUGUUUAAAUUUCUGCUUUUAUAUGGUUACUUGUUUGCUUGUUUAGGGCAAGACUGUUUUCCUUUCAUAAUUUGUCAAACAUUAUACAUUAAAGAUAAAGAUAAUAACCAUCUAAAAUUAAGGUAAUUUGUUGCCUUAUAUUUAGUCAUUUCUUCAUUACAAAAGACAAAAUCUAACUUUAGAUUUGAGCACAUUACAUUUUCUAUUUCAAUCUAAAAUUUUACUCCCACAAUAACUUCAGCUCAAAAUUUAACUCAGUAAGAGCCAAGACAAUUUUUUUUAUCACAUUCGAAUUAUAUUGCCUGUGAUCUUUUUGCAGCAGCAAGUAAGAAACUUAAUGAUGAAGAACUAUUUGUUAACGAAGACCCAUCACUAUUGUUGCCACUCCUUAGAGCUGUCUUUCUCCUUGUGAACAGAACAUCACCUCAUUACAUUACAUAUCACGACACUUUGGAUACAAAGCUGACUGUUAUGUUAAGAAUGAAGGAGAUGGCAGUACUUAAUUUACAUACUCUAAUGAAGCUUAUCAAAGAAGUACAUAAAUUUUUGAAUGGGGCAAAUUCUACAUAGAAGUGAAAAUUGGUCAGUAUAAAUAUGAAAUUUCUGUUUAGUGUGUGUGUAUAUAUAUAUAUAUAUAUAUAUAUAUAUAGACAUAUAUAUAUAUAUACCAAGUUCUUUGAUUAACUCUAAAUCUUGGCAAUCUAGAUAUAAAAUAGGUUGUUUGCUGAAUGUUGACUUGACUCAACUAAAUUUGAGAUUGAUAGUUGAUAUUUAUUAUCUUGAGUUACACUAAUCUGCUGGAAACUUAUAUUGUUUGCUUUGAAAUGGAUUUGUUAGAAGCAAUGUCUUUUAACUUGGAGGUUCAUACUUCAAACUCCUCCGCUAGAAAGCUUACCAUAAAAUACUGAAGUUGGCUGAAAAGUUUGCACUUUUGAAAGUUUAAAUUGAAAUUACUGUCCUGCUGAAUAUUUCUCAUGUGGAAAAUGUACAAUGUCAUUGAAGAAGAUUUGGCUUUGAUAGGAAAAUCUAUUUGAAAAUUAACAAUCAAAUUUAAGAAAGAAGGUAAGUAGUGGUGUUUCUCUGCAUCAUGCAGUGUAUACUAUAGUGGUCAUUUUGGAUUCUAAGUUACAACAGUUAUUUAAAAAUUAAUGUUGUAAGUUCAAGUAUUCAGUAACCAUAUAUUAGACACAGCUUUGUAAGCUUUAUUAUAAAUUGAAAUGUUCUGUAUUGUGUGUGAAGUUUCAAAUGGCCUAAAGUGAUUUGUUGUCAAAUCUUUCAAUUGUAUGUGCAAAUAGAAUUCAUUUCCAUUGAUUGCUUAAUGUUUUAAAGAACAGUUAAACUUUCUUUACACACAUUUUCAUAUGAAAGUAAGCCACCAUUUGUCAACUUAAUAGUAAUAUUUUAAGCAAUGUUGCUACUUGUUAAGCACUAGCAAAUCUUGGGGAUGUUGACACUGAUUUAUUCCCUUGCUGUUCAGGCUUGAUGAACACUUGAAGCACUGGAGGUAAUAAAGGUAAUGGUCUUUUAGUGUUUCUUCGUUUCAGCUAAUUGCUGUAUUAUGGCAGAAAUAAAAAGGUUCUUUUUUUUUAAA